AUGAUAAAACCAGUAUACAUUGUUGGGGCGGCGAGGACCCCCACCGCACGCAUCAAUACCCAGCUAGGCUCUGUUCCAAGCACCAAACUUGGAUCUAUCACAAUUCGUGAAGCCCUUCAUCGCUCAAAAGUUCCGCUUGAUCUAUUCUCGGGUGUUUACAUGGGCCAAGUGCUUCAGGCUGGCGCCGGUCAGGCCCCUGCAAAACAAGCUGCGAUGCAGGCCGGAUUAGCGCCAGACAUUGAGGCUACCACAAUAAACAAAGUGUGUGCUUCUGGGCUCAAGGCCAUUACACUUGCCGCCCAGGAUAUCCAACUGGGGUACGCCGUCGCUCAGGUGGCUGGGGGAAUGGAGAGCAUGUCGAAUGUCCCAAUGUACUCAAAGAAAGGUGAUGACUGCAGCCACAAGGAGAAGCCGGUGAUUGAUGGUCUCCUGCUUGAUGGGUUGAUUAAUGCCUCAGAUGGCCGGUCUAUGGGGGCCUGUGCUGAUGGUGUGGCUCGGCAGAUGGGUAUCUCCCGCGAGGACCAAGAUCAAUAUGCCCUUGCUACCUAUACCCGGGCGUGUCGAGCACAGCAGAGCAAUACAUUCCAAGAAGAGAUUGUGCCCGUGUUAGUAGAUGGAGCUACGGCGGAAAUAUUUGACACAGACAGUCUCCCCCACGAGAGCCUUUUUAGCCGACUCCGGUCAUUGAAACCAGUUUUCUCCCCUGGUGGCACAGUCACCGCUGGAAAUGCCUGCUCGCUAAGUGACGGUGGCUCAGCAGUGGUGCUGGUGAAUGGCCAAGUUGCUAAGCAGUUCUGUCAGGAGAAUCGAGUGUUGGCGAAAAUAGUGGCUUAUGCCGAUGCAUCCGUUGCCCCACACGAGUUCGCUCUGGCUCCAACCAAAGCAAUUCAGCUUGUCCUUGAGAGUGCCCAAAUGUGUGCUGAACAGAUCUCAUUAUGGGAAAUUAACGAAGCUUUUGCUAUCGUGGUGAUAGCUUCACAACUGCUGCUCGGCUUGGAUCCUGAUAGAAUUAAUGUCAACGGGGGAGCGAUCGCACUUGGGCACCCCUUGGGCAGCUCAGGCUGUCGAAUUCUGGUCACUCUCUUGCACCAGCUGUCUCAUGAUCAAUAUGGCAUUGCCGUUAUUUGCAAUGGAGGUGGGGGUGCCACGGCUAUGCUUAUCCAGCGAGUCCAAGGUAAAAGUUUGGAUGCCCUAGCAUGA